AUGUCCCGCAUCCCCACCGCCCCCUCUUCCUCCUCCAAUAGCCCCGUGGCCGGCUCGAGUCGACUGCUACCCUCGCAUGAGGACAGCCACCAUCGCUCAAUCGACCCCGAGUCGCAGCGGGAGUGGGAAAACAAUGGCGAAGACUAUGAACUCGAAGAGUUUGACCCCAAAGAGGAGGAGAACUCGCUUCUUCCAUCGGGCUUACUGCCUUUCGGCAAGAGUGCAAGAAAGAGGUCCUCAGACGACAGCUCUAGAAGAGUACGGCCAUACCUACUCUCUUUUGGUGCAGUCGCCGUGGUGGCGGGCAUACUAGUGACGACCUACUUUUUCAUGGGCGAGCUAUUACCCGAUGAACCAUCAGAAGAAGCGCCAAACUCUGCCUCUGUCAACCUCUCCAUACCAAUAGGAGACUUUGACAGUGAGAAUUGGAAAGAAAAUACCAUCGCUCUCGAUUACGACCCGACUCACGUCCUUAUUCCCAAGCACGACGCUCCCUCAAUACCACUUCUCGAACCCCUCCACGAUAGACUACCAUAUCCCAUCCUCGCAGAAUAUUUCGUCAACGGCAAGCUGCCGUCCUCGAUAGAUAGCUCCAAUGCUCCUCCCCAGCACCCACUCGAUCUGGUAUACCUUUUCGUCAAUGCUUCUUCGCCGUACUGGUUCCGCGAAUUUGAAGCACGCCACGAAGAAGAGGGGCUCAGCUCGGGGAGAAACAAGGUCGCGCGGCAUUGGCGGGAUAAUGGAGAGCUGCGUGCUGCUGUGCGCUCGGGCGUUUCUGCUCUGGGAGACGAAGCUGGCCGGAUCCACGUUGUCACCGCCGACUGGGAUGUGCGCGAGAACGAUACCGAGUUGAUUGAUAUGGGUGUUCAGCCCGGACAGUGGAGAAUUGGUCAGAUCGCUGAAUGGCUCAACUGGUCAAGUCAAGAAAAGGAGGGACGGCUCAAGUGGCAUUUCCACUCGGACGUCUUUCAGUUGCCAAAGGACGGCGAUUGGGUAGACUUGGAGCGGGGGGCGUCGUUGAAGGAGAAACAGGAGGCAAUGGAGGCGCAGAACAACGGGGAAGAUGUAGUUGCAAGAGAGACUUGGGGGAGUGAGGCGGCAUGGAGAGAAGAGACGCUGCCCAGCUUCAACUCGUUCUCGAUCGAGCAACGAUUGGCCUGGAUCGAAGGUCUCUCGGAAAACUUCGUCGCAUUCAAUGACGACAUGUUCCUCCUUCGCUCUCUUUCCACCUCCGACUUUCGCCACCCCCUCCUCGGUAACCUGGUCCGCUUUGACCCCGGCCUGCUCGUCCCCCAAUACAUGACCGACAAACAGCUCACCGACCCCGGCGAGUGGGGCGCCCUUCAGCACGCCAACGCACUCCUCGCCGGCCGCUUCUUCCCUCGCAAACGCUUCUACAUGCACCACCUCCCCAAGGCCCAAUCUCGUGCCCUCUUACACGAAGCGUCCGUCAUGUGGGCGCCGCAACUUAGUACGGCGAGUAGUCGAGGGUUCAGAGCGAGUAGAAGGGGAGAAGGGGAUGUGGAGAUGGCGUGGUUGAUUACGCACUUGAGGGUGGAGAGGUGGAGAGAGGCGGUGCUUUGGAGUUGGAUUGUGGCGAAAGUGGGGGGUGUUGAGGGUGUUUGGGGUGAAGAGCAGAAGGAUGAGUUGAGGAGUGUUCUUGGUAUGGCCAAGGGAGAGGGCGCGGACAAGGGCCAGGUGCAAAUCAGUAGGUGCAGCAGAGAGUCGUUGAAUGACAUGGAUGGCCUGAUGGGGCAAGCUGGCUGGGAAGGGCCCAAGGCCACGGAAUACCGAUUCUCGUCGAUGGAUGGUCACAUGCCUUCCAAUCCCGACAGCCCUGUCGAGUCGUGUCCCUUUACCUUCAACGUCUGUCUUCCCGACACCUUUUUCGACUCUUCCACCACGUUCGCAGCCACCGACUUGUUUACCCACAUCGCCUUCCAGCACGCCGAAUGCGGCGACUGCCUCAUCGACGCUUUGGUGUCGGCCUCAGGCAAACGUGGAUUGUCUGCCAUCAUCCCCAAUGAGCGCCAGAUCUUCUACCCCGCAGAGGAGAAGGAGGAAGGGCGGUGGAGGCGGAGUGAACCGAUGCUCCCGCUCGUUGACAAAUGGCCUGAAGCAGACUUUACUGUGGCUGCCAACGUCAAGGCGGGGCAGGAUGUAUGGGAGGAAUCAGAAUCCCGGGCGGACGGGGGUGUGAGCCUGAAGGCUUGGACCAUCAAACUGCUCUCGAGGUACAAUUAUGUCUAUGGUUCGACACCAGCCCGAUUUUCUCCCGUUAGCACCGUCUAUGCGCUCACCAAAGCGCUCGAACAAGUAGACAAUACACCCGAACUGGCAUUGCUUUGUGUGAACGAUGACCAGUCGGAUACGAGCUCUGAUCAGGCGAGACACAAGUUUGGGGCAUGGAUGGAGAAACGGUGGGGAGGAGAGAUUGAGGGAGUGGAUUGGGAGAGGACGAAUGUGAGCUGGGUGGAUUAG